AUGUUGGAACUAAGGUUAGUUCAGGGGAGUCUCCUCAAGAAGGUGAUGGAAUCGAUCAAGGAUCUGGUAAAUGACGCCAAUUUCGAUUGCUCGGCCACCGGGUUUUCGCUUCAGGCCAUGGACUCGAGCCAUGUGGCCUUGGUGUCUCUUCUUCUUAGAUCGGAAGGCUUUGAACAUUACCGUUGUGACCGCAACAUUUCUAUGGGUAUGAAUCUCAAUAACAUGUCCAAGAUGCUGAAGUGCGCUGGAAAUGACGAUAUCAUCACUCUCAAGGCUGAUGAUGGCAGUGAUACUGUUACUUUCAUGUUCGAAAGCCCCACUCAAGAUAAGAUUGCUGAUUUUGAGAUGAAGCUGAUGGACAUUGAUAGUGAGCAUCUUGGCAUUCCUGAAGCAGAGUACCAUGCAAUUGUUCGUAUGCCUUCAUCUGAGUUUGCAAGAAUUUGUAAAGAUCUCAGCAGUAUUGGUGACACAGUUGUAAUUUCUGUGACCAAGGAAGGUGUGAAGUUUUCAACAAGAGGUGAUAUUGGAACUGCAAAUGUUGUUUGUAGACAGAAUACGACAGUAGAUAAGCCUGAAGAAGCGACUAUCAUUGAGAUGAAUGAGCCGGUUUCUUUAACAUUUGCAUUGAGGUAUAUGAAUUCAUUCACCAAGGCUACUCCAUUGUCGAAUACCGUCACAAUCAGCUUAUCUUCAGAGCUCCCUGUGGUGGUUGAGUACAAGAUAGCUGAGAUGGGGUACAUAAGGUUCUAUUUGGCUCCUAAGAUAGAAGAAGACGAUGAAGAGAACAAAUCUUGAUACGGUAAGACUCCAGCUUUAUGAAUUCGCUCUAUGUUAUGAUAAAUGAAUGUGAUCCCCUUGUGCGCUAAAGUUACACUUAGAUAGGAAUUUGCUGUAGUAUGUAACAAUCUUUUAAAAGUUUAGUAUUCAUGUUUCCAGGGUUGGGAUAGUGAAACAAUGGUGUAGGGUGUUAUUGUUUUCUUGUAAACCUUCUUGGAGUAGUAUUUUCUUUGGUUCUUGUUCAUUAGUUCUACCUUUUAGUCAUGUUUAUCGAUGAUUAAGAAUUUGA